UCACUGCUUAUUGAUACUUUUAUCCUUUUUUCAUUUAAGCUCAACUCUCCAUCUCUGUCACUUACUAUAUUCUUUUUCCACUUGUUUCUUUGUCUGUGUCAUUCAACUUCAAGAACCACAAAAUAAAAGAAAGAUGUUGACAUUAUUAACCAUUCUUUUCUUAGCAAUUCUCUUCAUUAUUGGCCUUGUAACAACCCUUUUCAAUUUCCCAACCAACAAGUUACAAUCUUGGAUUCAAUCAAUUUCUUUAAAAUCUCCACCUCUCCAAGAGAAGACCAUAAUAACAUCCUCAAUAGCCAUGGAAGAGAAGACCAUAAUAACAUCCUCAUCAUCCUCAAUAGCCAUGGAUGAAGAGAAGGUGAAAAGCUCUAACAAUUACAACAAGGUUGAACUAAAGAGUAUUUUUGCAACUUUUGACAAGAACAAUGAUGGUUACAUAACAAAGCAAGAAUUGAAGCUAUCUCUCAAGAAUAUUGGUAUUUUGAUGGAGGACAAAGAUAUUGUUGAUAUGGUCGAGAAAGUUGAUUCCAACAAAGAUGGUUUAAUUGAUCUUGAUGAGUUCUAUGAACUUUGUCAUACUUUCUUGGGAAUAGAGGCAAUGAAUGAAGGAGAAAUGAAUCAAGAAGAAGUAGAUAAAAGAGAGAGAGAUCUUAAGGAAGCUUUUGAUGUGUUUGAUCAUGAUAAAGAUGGAUUAAUAUCAGAAGAAGAGUUGAGUAAGAUUCUUUCAUCUUUAGGGAUGAAAGAGGGCAUGAAAUUGGAUUAUUGUAAGGAGAUGAUAAAGAAAGUUGAUGUGGAUGGAGAUGGAAUGGUGAAUUUUGAUGAGUUCAAGAAGAUGAUGAAAGCUUGUGGAACUCUUGUUCCAUUUUCUUAAG